CACGGAGUGUUGACUCCUGGUCAGUCGGCACGUUAGAUUAGAGUAGCAAGCCAGCGAGCGCGUGGGUUUUUCUCUUGUUUUUAGCUAUUGUUGUUGGUCUAUAGGUUUUAUUUAUCCUACAGCAUGCGUUAGUUUCCGAAAUUUCUGAUAAACGUCGAGUUUGAAUAAUAUUCCUUAGGACGUGUUUUAACGACAGUGAGCUGAAAAAAAUAUAUAAGAUUUGUGAUAAUAUACAGUGGAGUGAACAGUGAACUAACGAGACAGAGAUCGUGUUUUUUUAUUUUCUUUUGGAAACGAAAUGUGCGGGUCGAACGAAUUCCCCUGCAGUCCUUAGGAUGGCAUUUGGGAAAUUCCUAAGUUUCUUCGCUGCUUGCAUCUUAUGCAGUAUCGCAGCCGGCUAUGGAUCACCGACGCUGCUGUUCGCCACUCACAAAGAUAUCCGCGUGGCGAAUGUAUCGCGGGGCAACAAGGUGGCGACUCUCGUGAAGGAUCUUUCGCAGGGUGCAGCGUUGGAUUUUUAUUGGGAGCGUCGUUUGGUUUGUUGGUCCGACAGCGGUUUGGAGAUGAUCCAAUGCGUGCACACGAACGGUACGAGCGUCGGGGAGCGGAUGACGGUCGUAAAUUCGUCGUUGAUAUCGCCGGACGGUUUGGCGUGCGAUUGGUACACGGGAAAAUUGUAUUGGACGGACGGUGACAAGAAUCGUAUCGAAGUAACGAGCAUAGACGGCAAACACAGGAAAGUAUUAUUCUGGACGGAGAUUUAUGAGCCGAGGGCAAUUGCUUUGGUCCCAAUGAGGAGCAUAAUGUUUUGGACGGAUUGGGGGGACGUGCCCAAGAUCGAGAAAGCCUCGAUGAACGGUGAUCCUAGUACGCGAGAAGUCAUAGUUUCGGACGACAUUUUUUGGCCGAACGGUAUAACGGUUGACUAUGAAAACGAGCUGAUUUACUGGGCGGACGGUAGAUUACGUUUCAUCGCGGUGAUGGACUACGACGGUAACAACAGACGAAAAGUCGUCAGCCAAGGCUUGGAUUAUCCGUUCGCGAUAACCUUCUUUGAGCAGCGUCUCUAUUGGACCGACUGGAAAACGUGGUGCAUCCAUUCCCACGACGUACGUUCGAGCACGCAGUCGCCGCAUCCACGAGAGCUCUUCCACGGCGAAUACAUACCCGGGGACAUUGAAGUCUGGGACCCCCGGCGACAACCCCAUUUGGACAACCCUUGCAUCCACGAUAACGGGAAUUGCUCGCAUCUGUGCUUGCUCAGCAGCAAAGAGCCCGGUUAUAGCUGCGCUUGUCCAACCGGUGUUAAACUCGUGGACAAUUACACGUGUGCCAAAGGACCCCAAGAGGUGUUAUUGAUCGUCCAGCGUAACGCCAUUUGCAAGCUCUCCCUGGAUUCGCCGGACUACACGAAUUUCGUAUUGCCACUUACCGGCAUUAAGUACGCGAUCGCUAUUGACUUUGAUCCGGUUGACGAGAUGCUCUAUUGGACGGAUGAAAAAGUGUGCGCCAUCAGACGAGCCUACCUCGAUGGGAGCGGACAGGAGGACGUCGUCACUACCGAAGUCUCGAAUCCGGAUGGAAUCGCCAUCGAUUGGAUCGCCAGGAACAUGUAUUGGUCCGACACCGGCACCGAUCGCAUCGAAGUUGCAAGGUUGAACGGUACCAGUAGAAAAGUACUCAUCAACGAGGAUCUCAUUGAGCCACGUGCGAUCGCACUCGCGCCUGAACUCGGUUGGAUGUUUUGGACCGAUUGGAACGAGAAAAGGCCGAAAAUCGAGCGCAGCAAUCUCGAUGGGAGCGAGCGAACGCUCCUCAUAACCAAAGACAUUGUUUGGCCUAACGGGAUCGCUCUCGACCUCGAUCGCAAAAAGAUUUAUUGGUGCGAUGCCAGUAUGGACAAAAUAGAGGUGUGCAACAUGGACGGGACCGAUCGCCGGGAAGUCAUCACCGACAAUCUUCCCCACUUGUUCGGAUUGAGCCUCCUCGGCGAUUAUCUGUAUUGGACCGAUUGGCAACGACGGAGCAUCGACCGAGCUCACAAAUUAACCGGUGGCGAACGCGAGGUCAUCGUUGAACAAGUGCCCAAUGUCAUGGGACUCAAAGCUGUUCAUCUUGGACGGGUACGCGGCAGCAAUCCUUGCGCUCGUAACAACGGCGGCUGCACUCAUCUCUGCCUCAACAGACCCGGAAAUAACUACGUUUGCGCCUGCCAAAUCGAUUACGAACUCAUCAGGGACAAAAAGACUUGCGUCAUACCCGACGCCUUCUUGUUGUUCUCAAGGAAAGACAAAAUCGGACGGAUCAGCAUUGAAAAUCCUAACAAUGACAACAUCAUUCCCGUCACCGGUGUCAAAGAUGCGAGCGCCCUUGACUUUGAUAUGCAGAAUCACAUCUAUUGGACUGAUGUUAAGCUCAAAGCUGUCACCCGAGCCUUCAGAAAUGGUUCCGAUGUCGAAAGGAUCGUUGAUCUUGGCCUCGAAACACCGGAGAGUCUCGCAGUCGAUUGGAUAGCUCACAAUCUUUAUUGGACCGACACUGGAACUCGUAGAAUCGAAGUCGUUAGGUUGGAGGGUUGCAGUCGUAAAGUUCUCAUAUGGCAGGAUCUCGUUGAACCGAGGUGCCUCGCUCUCGAUCCGGAAAGAGGGCACAUGUAUUGGAGCGAAUGGGGAAAAAGUGGGAGCAUCGAAAGAGCUGGUUUGGAUGGUUCACGACGACAGAUAAUACUGUCGAACGUUGGUCGUGCCAACGGAUUGACGAUCGAUCACUCAGCUCGAAUAUUAUACUGGGCGGACCUUUUUACUCCAGCUAUCGACAGUUACGAUCUUCAAACGGGAAAGAGAAAAGCUAUAAUAACACAAGACAUUGUAUAUCCCUUCAGCAUAACGCAGUAUCAGGAUUAUAUUUAUUGGACCGAUUGGAACACCGGUGACAUCGAAAGAGCCUACAAAACGAAUGGAUCCAACAGAACGAAAAUCCAUGAUCGUCUCGAGUCCGUAACCGAUCUUCUUGUUUUCCAUCACUCUCGACAAUCUGGCAGUAAUCCAUGCUCCGUCAGAAACGGCGAUUGCAGUCAUUUGUGCAUUGCUCUUCCCGAACCCGGUGGCAGAAAUUCUGUUACUCGCAAAUGUGCUUGUCCGACUCAUUAUAAUCUUGCACCGGAUAACAAAACUUGUGUUGGUCCAAAGAAUUUUAUGAUCUACAGUCUGCGAAACGUGAUGGGUCGUUUUUUACCGGACGUGAAUGACUGUCCGGACAUAGUGCUGCGCGUUCAAGGCUUGAAGAACGUAAGAUCAAUAGAAUUCGAUCCAAUAACCCAACACAUAUAUUGGAUAGACGGUCGAACGAUGUCGAUACGCAAAGCUAUGGAGAAUCGAACACACGCGUCAGUGGUGGUUUCUGGUGGUUCGGGACAUCCUUUCGACUUGGCCCUAGAUCCACUGGGUCGAUUGCUGUUCUGGUCGUGCGCGGAAAAUGAUGCUAUAAAUGUAACGAGAUUGGACAACGGUUCGUCGCUAGGUGUCGUAGUUAAGGGGGACGGUGAGAAACCCCGUAACUUGGCUGUACAUCCGGAAAAAAGAUUGUUAUUUUGGUGCGACAUUGGUGGCAAAAUGAGAAUAAUGCGGAGUACUAUGGACGGCAAAGAAAGGGUCGUUGUAGCGAGCGAUCUCGAUCAACCCACCGGUUUGGCGGUCGAUACCAUCGGUAAUAUGAUUUUUUGGUCUCACGGACGUCAAAUCGAAGUUUCUGAUUUGAGUGGAACCAAUCGACGCGUUCUCAUCAAUGUCGAACAGAGUUCCAUCGCUUACUUGUCCGUGCUCAACGAUUUCGUUUACUGGUACGAUCGCGAGACUCAAGUUGUCUCGCGCGUCAAUAAAAUUAACGGAACCUCACGUAAAUCGAUGAUGAAUCGGCUUCUCACCGAUCUGGUUACUGUACGAACUCCCGAUGAUCACCUCAUGGAAUCUCACAUAUGCAGCCCCUUUCAUGACUAUGGUGGCUGCUCCCAUUUUUGCAUCGGCACCACCGCGUCCCGAUGCUCGUGUCCACAAUAUCUUGUCUUAUCGGACGAUGAGAGAACUUGCCGCGCUGCGCCCGCUUGCGGUCCCGACGCUUUUACCUGCGCCCAUUCUAGUUCCGCCGUUGCCAAAGAAUGCAUCCCGGCUGAAUGGAAAUGCGAUCGACGUACCGAUUGCACCGACGGCAGCGAUGAACUCGGCUGUCCGUCUUGCGGAGAAGAUCAAUUCAAAUGUCAAAGUGGUCACUGCAUCGACAUGGCUUGGGUAUGCGAUGGAGUCCAUCAGUGUCAAGAUGGUUCGGACGAAAGUCAUUGUUGUGAACCUGGCCAAUUUCGGUGCACGGGUACUCCUCUCUGUAUUUCAGGGACGGCUUUGUGCGACGGCUGGGCACAUUGUGCCGACGGCAGUGACGAAAAAGCUCCGGUAUGCGCGGCCGCGAAUAACCGUCGUCAGGACGUCAGUCCAGCGACGGACGCCGGGAAAAGCACUUACGUCAUAGCGAUUCUCGUCGUUCUCGGUGUUACCGGGGUCGCGAUACUCGGUUUCUUCUACUGUCGUAGAAGGCUCGUUGCCAACGAAGAAUUGCCGGAUAUUUUACACGACUCGGCGGGUGAUCCGCUCUCACCCAAAUCAACUAGAUCGGGAAAACCGAUGUUGUCCCAAAAAAAUGGCGCCAAAGAUCUCAAAGCUGGUCUCAAAACUGUCAGAAUGUCCACUUUGACCGGAAGUAGCAUCGGCUCCAGCUACGAUCGCAGUCACAUCACAGGUGCAUCGAGUUCGACGAGAGGAAGUUCCGCCUGUGGAUAUCCUCAAGAAACUCUAAAUCCACCACCGAGUCCAGCGACAACUGCCAAUUCCACAAGAUGUUCGAGCAGCAACGCCUCCCGUUAUCGUCCUUACAGACACUACCGGAGUAUCAAUCAGCCUCCGCCGCCAACGCCUUGCAGUACCGACGUAUGCGACGAAUCGGACAGUACUUAUCCAGCUCGUUAUCGUUACGAGAUCGAGCCAUUUCCACCUCCGCCAACGCCACGUUCCGUUUAUCACAGUGACGCGGCACUCAGUUGCCCACCUUCCCCAAGUUCCCGAUCCUCCACUUAUUUCAGUCCUUUACCACCUCCGCCUUCACCCGUACCGUGAAUAUUCAUCGAAUUCGUAAAUCGUGUACACUGAGUAAAACUUUUCGCUAUUUUUAUGCAAUUAACGUAACUUUUAAUAAGCUGGGAGAAAUUCAGAACUUUUUAUUUGAUUCGAUUAUUUAUUCGUACGUUGCAUGAAAAAAAAAGGAUUUCUUUUUUUUUUUUACUUGAAAAUGAAGCGGUCUUAUUCAAAAAGUUCGAUCUCCGCGUGCGCUCGAUACGAUUCUCGCGAUGAAAAUAGUAGGUAUCGAUUACGAAUAUUGGCAACUGGAAUUAUUCACUCGUUCCACUCGAAAAACUUUUUUCAACAUAUCGUCCGAUAAAUAAAUCAUUAUAUCACAUGCAUAUCAAAAAAAAGUAAUAAAGAAAAUGAAAAUCGAAAAGAUUUCGUAUUGCGAGCGAAACAAACAAAAUAUGUAGUAUAAUGUUAUGCGCAUAAAUGCCACUGCGGGCGGUAAUGUUUUCGGGUUCACUGAAAGUGCAAAUAUUCGUUUUUAUAGAUAAUUAUUUCUUCAUGUACAAAUUUUAUGAGAUAAAUGCCGGUCGUGCCUGAGCUGAUUGCAAUCUUCGUUUUAACAUGUACUAAUUAGCCAUGGAGGGUUUUAGCUCGUACUUUGUAAAUACUAUGAGAAUGUAUAAAAAAUUAAAACAAAGAAAUUUAGCUAUAGAUAACGAAUCACGGAGAAAAAUAUUAAGCGUGUAAAAACUGUACAUGACAUUUUAAAUCUUCAAAACUAAAAACAAAAAGUAAAAACAAGUGUGCGAACUAGCUUCGAUACAGCGAAUUUUGCGUCUAUAAAAAGUAAAUUGUUGUGUAGAUACUCUACACAAUUUAUCGUUACUUAAAACAAAGUGGUAUUCGUGGAAUAUAUGGUAAUCGUGGACUACCGAAGAUUUGUUAUUUACUUUAUAUAACGACGCAAUUCUCGCUGGCAUCGAUUUGGGCGUCAUAGAUUUUCGAUCACAGUUCAACACAUGUGUAACAUUUUAACCAUUACACCGUUAAUGUGAUAUAAAAAAUAUCAUAUCGUAUGUACAUAUAGUUAGUUAUAAUGACGUUUCGAAAUAUCUAGAUUUUGUUCCUCAUCUGGGUUGGGAAUCCGAAAAACUCUGACAACUUUCUAUAUAUUGAUGAACAUGUAUAUGAUUUUUUCAUCUUUUUUUACUAUUUUUUUAUGCUUUUCUAUCGAAUGAAUGAAAGAAUGCCGAAAACUGAAUAUCUACGUUUUUAACUUUUCUUAAUUACAGUAGUUAAAGGCAAAUUGACUGUUUUUUUACUUCAUUCUUGUGCCACAUAUUACAGAAAAUGAAAGUUCAUAUACAGUUUUAUGUACAGAAAAUUCAGAUUCCCACCUUUGACGUAGCGUUUAACCAAAGGCUGCUUCAAUUUUUUAAAUUAUCACACACAGCGACUCAGUAACAUAAAUUUACUGAUUUAAUUAUGCGAAACGUACUAUCCCGUAGAUACAUUACACGUUUCACUACCAUUUUUUACAUGGGAUCCGAGUAAUGAAAAUUGAGAAUUAUAAAGGAUAUCGAAGUUUGCAUUUGCCAAGAAGAAUAUUCAGACGAUUUCAAAAACUUUAUGAACUAUUUGAUGAAGAUAAAUUUUUGAAAAAAAAUGUGCCAACACCUUCAUACAUAAUAGUAUGAUUGAAAAAACGGGUCCCCGCGUAUAGAAAUGAUUGGACAAUGAAUAAGCAGUUUCGGCGAAGAAAAAAUGGCAAUUUAUUUUUUAUUCUUUUAGUUCCAGUGUGUAUGCAGAUAUCCGUUAAUGUUGAAGUCUGUAUAGUCGAAUUGCAAUUUUUCGUAACGUGGAAUAUUCAAAUUUGUACAAAAGUCUGGUUGGUCUUUAAAAACCAGUGUAAGAAUGAAAUUCAUCACUGCUAAAAUGAAUUCUUUCAAAUUUCGACAAUGUAAACUUCGUAAAUUGUUCAAAAAAAUCUCGCAAUUAUUAAUGAAUACAAUGUUUAAAGUAGAAUUUAGUUAGGGGAACUUUGUUACAAAUUUGUACUUUUAGAGUUUUUUUAUGUUUUAUUUUCCGAACAUCAUUCCAAUUGGGAAGGCGAAAUUUUUCGUCGAUUUGUACACUUACAAAAUUCCAUUUUUAUCGUCAGCUUUUCAAAUGACCGUUCCCCUUCCACUUUUUCCUAUGUUUCAAUUAGAAUAAUCACGAAACCGUGCCAUAAUUUUCAAGAAUAUGAUAAAUAGUAUUUAAAUGUACAACGUAAAGAUACAGAAUCCAAGGAUAUCCAGAUAGACUAACGAUUUUCGUACAAAUAUAACUUAUUGAAAGAAAAAAGAGGAAGGAAAAGGAGCGCAAACAGAGUGAAAUAAAGCAGCGACCUUAUUCGCGCGCACUGCCACUUUGGCAAUCGCCUUGGAGCAUACUUAUAAAUUUGAAUUAUUGAAAUAAAAUCAAAUUCAAAUAUCGUCGUUGAAUUAAUUCGCCUAAUUUUGCAUCGAAGACUGAAAAGCAUAAAUACAAAAUUAACGUUUCACGUUUUUUAACUCGUGCACUGUUUUUUCGUCGUAAUUAUUACGGAAUAAUGUAUAAUAUUUGUACAAAAUGAAAAAAAAAAAUAAAACAUAAUUCUUUUUGUUGAUGUA